AGUAGGCGCCACCUUUAAAAAAAAAAAAAAACAAAAACAAAAAAAAACUAGUGCUUUUCAUAACAUCAUUCGUGGAUUUUUAUCGGGAAUUGGGGAUGGGGACGAGGGAGAGAAUCUGGAACUCAAAAGUUAAAAAAAAAAAAUGUCAAAAAAUUCUCAUUUAAGAGACUGCGGUUUAAUUGAUUUAAUCUUUUCCCCAAACAAAAGUUCAUUUCUUGAAGAACAAAUGACUACUUCUUAUUCCCCAGUUACGUGGGAAACCAAUUUUUAAUACUUGUUUUUAGAACUUUUGCGUUCCAGAUUCUUUCCCUUUCUCCCUCCCCACCCCCCACCGAGAAAACGAAAAAUAGAAAUGAUCCUUGUGUAUUUACCUACUUUUUCAUUAUACUUGUGUUGUGUAAGAACGCUCCACCCUUUCUGAUCAGGAAGGAAACGGCUGCGUUACAACCCCUUGAUUAAUUGGAGUCAAUUGAUGCUUGACAACCAGGCUUGAGUAAGUAGCAACCGCUGAGGAAGAGGACCUCAUCUUCGCAAUUAGCGGAGGCUGGGCCAGCACGAGGAAGACGGGAACCGCUCGGGUUCUGCCCUGAUUUUGUCCUGGGACAGGAUUUCCUGCCGGACCCGCUUUCAGAAGAAACUGGUCUGCUGCCUCCUGUGCACUAGGAGGAGCCUCACACACACUCCUUGUUAUGGCUGGUGGAUCACCACUGCAAGACUCAGAGGAGCUUUCAUCUGAGGAUCUGACCCAAAGGGAGCUAAGUUCCAAAUAUCCGUCUAUGUAUCUACGUAGGCCGAAGGGAUCGGGGGCCGGAAAGAAAAAGCUACGCUCGCCCCCUGACCGCGGGGCUCUGGAGAAGAGGCCCUUCUGGGGUCCCUGCACUGGCCGGCUCCUGCUGCUCCUGGGAUUGGUCAUUGUGGGAUUCUGGAUGUUUGUGUUGCCAUGGCCCCCUUGGGAGGACAAGGCCAAGUCAGCGGCCCGGGACAGCCCUGCAAACUGCAGCCUGGUGCUGGCCGAGAGCAUCCCAGAGGGCAUGAGCUUCGGGCCCGGUGGCCCCCAGCAUCUCUCCACCCACCAGGCCUGGCUCCAGCUGAUCCACAGAGCCCAGAGCCGGGUUGACAUCGUGGCCUACAACUUCCCCGGCCCAAAGCCACUCCCAACCCCUAACCGGCGGCGGUGA